AUGCCAUCAAUUCGACUUAACCUAAUACAAAAGGGAUCCAAUAUAGUUAACGAUGAUGAAAAAACCCUUAUAUCUAUAUUCAAAGAAGCCAUGGAAUCACCAGAAUUAUUUCAAUUCAAAGAUUAUACCGAAGCAGUUCCUUCAAAAGAUGUUGAUUUAAUAGUUGGAUUUAUAAAGAAAAAACAUUAUAAAAAAUGGCUUAAAAGUAUUAAUCUUGAAUAUCGUUGGUUAAAAAAAACAAGAAUUUAUCUGACUUCAAAUAAUGACAAAGACACCCCUCAAAAACGCCCAAAGAAACUGAGUUAUUUAAAAGAAUAUUAUUUUCAUUGUAGUCUGCUGGGGACAUAUACUUUAAAAUUACAACAAGGUCCUGAAAGUCGUUAUAAAACCCCAAGAUCAUUAUCAUCAAUUAAAACUGCAUGUACUGCUAAAGUAUACAUCAAGAAACCAAAAUCAAUGCCCAAAUCAUAUUUAAUUGGUAUAAUGCCAAGACAUAAUCAUCCACCAAUUAAAUAUAAAGGUCCUUUGAAUACUAUAGCGAAGAAUUGGCUUGAUGAGAAAGUGAAAAUGGGGUAUACUAAAGCACAAAUUAAAGAAGCUUUGAAAAAAGCUGAAGAACAAUAUAAAGAUUCACCAAAUUUUAAACCAUUGUUACAGAUCCAGAAUUAUCAUAUUGAAUAUCGUAUUAGACAUCAUGGCAACAAUUCCAAUGAAUCCAAUGAAGAUCCUUCGACAAAUAUAAAUGAUAGUGAUAUUGAUUAUUCUUUUAUUGAUGAUAUAUGUGAUAGUUCAGAUAAUCUGGAUUCUCUGGAAAGUCAAAUUGAUGAUAAUGACAAUUCUGCUAAUAAUAUAGAGAACCAUGAUUCUACUGAAAAUCAUAUUACCUCGACUAAUUUUAAUAACGGUACAAUUAGUGGUGAACAACCGAUACAAUAUGUCAAUAAUUCACCACCACCACCGCCACCACUGCCACCACCACCAAUGACAAGAAAUUGGAACCCACAUUUACUUCAAAGUACUUGUUUUGGGAAAAAUUUAUAUGAAUUAACCAAAGAACAAAAAGUUGGUGAAUGUUUACAUCUUUUAAAUACCACUUUUAAUUGGUUUGAUAUGAUUGUUAAAUCAUCACCAGAAAAGAUUGAUGAAUCUAUUGGUUAUAUAAAAGGAUUAGAACGGUAUAUGCUGUCAUUGGCCACAGGUGUUCAAUAUCCAUGGCAUGUUGAUGAAUAUGGGAGACCAAUGUAUCAGCUUUAG